AUAAUCUGUUGGCUCAAAUCUGCUGCUGCCACACCCUGUGCCUCUCAGGGUCCCUGGGUCCUGUUGCAGUUAUCAUAUGCCUCACCUUUAACCUAAAUGACCCUGGGAAGUGGCUGCUAUGGAAGGAUUUACUGAAUGCAAAAUGGAUUUUCUUCCCUGCUCUUUGGGGCAAAGCUGGCUCAGAGAUUCUUAGCUGCAGGGGGAGGGGCUGGCAGGCCUGAACCGCAGUUGGACUUAGCAGCCAGGGGUUUUCUGGUUUUCAUUAAAAUUCUCUGGCUGUCUUUCGGGAUAGCUCCAUUGGAUAUGACUGUGCACUGGAGCCGGUUGUGCUGCUCUCUCAGCUAUACACACCCAUCAAAUCAUAGUGCCCCUGAGGACGAGAGAAAAUUGAAGCUGUGUAAAUGAGUAUGGAAGAUUAUGAUUUCCUGUUCAAAAUUGUUUUAAUUGGCAACGCUGGUGUGGGGAAGACGUGCCUCGUCCGAAGAUUCACUCAGGGUCUUUUCCCCCCAGGUCAAGGAGCCACAAUUGGAGUUGAUUUUAUGAUUAAGACAGUGGAGAUUAAUGGUGAAAAAGUAAAGCUACAGAUCUGGGACACAGCAGGUCAAGAGAGAUUUCGGUCCAUUACCCAGAGUUAUUACCGAAGCGCCAAUGCCUUGAUCCUCACCUAUGACAUUACCUGUGAGGAAUCCUUCCGCUGCCUUCCUGAGUGGCUGCGGGAGAUAGAACAAUAUGCCAGCAACAAGGUCAUCACUGUGUUAGUGGGCAACAAGAUUGACCUGGCAGAAAGGAGAGAGGUUUCCCAGCAGCGAGCUGAAGAAUUCUCAGAAGCUCAGGACAUGUAUUAUCUGGAGACCUCAGCCAAGGAAUCUGAUAAUGUGGAGAAACUCUUCCUUGACUUAGCAUGCCGACUCAUCAGUGAAGCCAGACAGAACACACUUGUGAACAAUGUAUCCUCACCCUUACCUGGAGAAGGGAAAAGCAUCAGCUAUUUGACUUGUUGUAAUUUCAACUAAAGGCUGAGGGCACGGAGAAGAAAAGGAAUCAGCAGCUGCCCUGAUGGGCCAUGAGAUGCUGGGGAGAUCUGGCGAUGACUGUGGCUCCUGCUCCCUGACCUUCUGACUCCUGUGGGCUCCUGAGCUUACAAAGCAUGGCAGGCCAAGGGCCUCGACCACAGGCCAGCAUUAGCAGAACAUAUAAUGGUUUCACCCUUUUCCAGUCUGGAGUUGGAGCAAGGAGAAAAUUGCACUGGGCACUCCACGAUCUGCAGAGCAUGUUGCUUUUGUUUUUUUAAAAAGCAAGUAAAAGCGCAUUCCUGAACAGAGUCCAGGGGGAAAUGUACUGUGGGGUUCCCUCCUGCACAUCAGUGGGUGCAUGUGGGAGCUGUUCUUUAGGGCUUCGGUGGUAAUCAUCUGGGAGACCUGGUUUUCUUGUCUACCAGAUAAACCAAAACUGGGAACGCCAAGUACAGUCUCUGUGGUGCGUAUUGACAACCCCAUGGAGAUUUUGAAGUGUUAUUUCUCUUGUCCACAGGCACUUUCAAGAACUUUGGGAUGUAAAAAUUAAAUGAAACCUUUACCCAUGACCAACAGUAACAAUCAUUGUUUUAAUAAUAUAUACAAGCUCCAUAACUCCUUUUGGUGCUAAUGAUUCCACUAUUUCACAGACCAAACAUUUUAGUACAUUAAUGUCCUUAAAUGUAUUAUAUAGAAAUAAAAAAAUGGGGGAAGUCCAUGAAUCAGCACUCUUUCUCAAAGUCCCAUUACUACCUUUUUAAAGGUGGAGUUUUGGGAAAAGAGAGUACUUUCCUUUUAUGUUCCCCUCUGAAUCUCUACCACUUUCUUCUCUUGUCUCUCCAGCCCUUUACGUAAAUGAAAACGUUUGCAAAAUGAAAAAAAUAAAUAAACAAAUGGUUGAUGAUAUUCUAAUAUAAAAACUUAGCUCUAACACAUUUUGAGUAGUAUGAGGAAACAGACCAGAUAUGACCAAAAUACUGUGGAUUAAUGGACUGUAGUGCAGGGCUCCUAGCAGAGCACAGUCCUUGAUAGUAGGUCACAUCUUUUACUUCCUGGUACUCUCCAUCUUGGACAGACCAAGGCUUAGGAUUUUGUAGAUUUUUUUAGUAUGAUAAGUGAGAAUAGCAACAGAUAAAAAGUCUCACGACCCAUUUUUAUAUCUUCGAUGAUAACCUUAGAAAAAUUCUGCUCGUGGAAGCAGAUUGAACUGUCAUUUAUCCCCUCCUUAUAAUAAUGUUACCUUCAGAUGCUUAACCACAUUCUUUCUUUUUUCUUUCUCUUUUCCUGUCUAUUUCUCUGGUCUCUCCUUUUCUUCUUCCGUCCCUCCCUCCUUCCCUCCCAUCCUUAUAUGCAUGUGUUACUGCAAAUCUCCAAUUCAAAUGGAGGUGUAUAUGCCUUUACUUAGCCAAUUUAAAAACAGGACUCAAAAUGGGAGAUGUGCUGCUGAAUAUGUGUUUCUUUUUCUUCAGUGCCAUACUUUGAUAGCUUCCAAUUUGUUCACUGAUAUAAAUGCAAAUUGGGAAAAUAAUUAAACCUGUAUGCUGUUGAUGCUGUCAGAUGUUUCUGUAGCUUGCUGCUUAGCAUAACUGAGGGAUGAGUAAUGGAAUAAGGAUAUGAUGUGUAAUUCCACUGUUGCUGUAGAUGGUGACAAUCUCAGUUCUGAUAUGUUGAUGUUUGAAAGCUAUUUAAUUGUAAAGAAAUGAGUCAUGUAGAGACACGAUGUGGAUAAAGCAUUUCUGGCAUUUCUCUAGCAGGUUCUAGAUUGACCAGUGUCUUGGACAUGAGAUUAUGCAUAUUUUUUAAGGGGCUGAUACUUUAGGUUGGCCUCACUGUGUUUUUCCUGAUCCUGUGGGAAAGAGAAUGGGAUCCCAGAAGUUUGACUUGUUUUUCUUUUAGAAUCUGUCUCUGCAGGAAAGAAAAGUCAUUUUAAUAAAAACCAAAAAAAUUUAUAAUAAUUGUUGCCUUUCCCUCCCCAUCCUCUCCACUAAGCCAGCAACUAAAUGUAUUCAGAAAACAAGUUAAUCAAGGAGGGCAGAAGAAUUUUUUUUAAACUGUAAGGAAAUGUUCUUAAGUUUAGAUUUAUUACCUGUCAUUUAGGGGCAAAAAUCCAGUGUCCCCAGCACAUGAUGACCCAACUUUGUCUCACAGUUGCAAGUGUGUUGAAAAUAAAGUUGCUUUGUGAACUUAGAGGAAAUGGCUGUGUUAGAUUGGACUGAUUUAGUUGCAAAAUAAUACCUUUUAGGGUCACACUUGUAUUAUUCCCUAGGGUUUAGCCUUCCCUAUAUACCCUUGGCCAGACUCAGAAGGGGAUUAAAAAGCUCUGGUCUUGGCCUCUUUCUUCCUUGUUGCUCCUCCCAGCCUUUCCGUAACUUACCCAUCCACAGCCCAUAAGCAGGAACACAUGAGAAUGUGGGACUUUCUUUUUUUCUUAGUUGUAUGAAUUCCAGAUUAGGCCUUAUGGAUGCUUGUCUACUAAUAUAUCUGAAGUUUGAAAACAAUCCCUGACAAUAUUGUAGGUGCAAUAAAUAUUAGUCAAAUAAACAUUUAAGUGCCAAGGUGGGGCGGUGGUGGUCGGGGGGAGCUUUUUUUGAUUAAACAGAAAUUCCUUCAAGUAGAACUUGAGAAAGGACACUAAUUACAGUCAUCUUAACCCAGGCCAGGACCUAAAUUUAUUGGUUUGCCUAACAGUCUUAUUGUCAUGGCAAUAUUUACUAAAAUGAGCCUUCUUUAGAUAAAAUUGAACUCUCAUUUAGUGGUGGAUGAAAAAAGAGAAAUUGCUUUAUCAUAGUUUAAUUUGGCUUGGUCUACUAAGACUACCAGGGUUCAUGUAUUCCUCCAUUUUUGGUGUGAUCUUUUUCUUCAUUCAAUAAAGUUAUUAAAUAUAUGGCAAAACUUUUUUCAGUUUCCAAUGAAAAUGCAUGAUACUCAUGUCAUGGAGUCAGGCUUGGGAAAAUCUAUGAAAUAAUAGUUUGCUGAUAAUGAUAUUUUCUUAUGGCUUUGUAUAGACUACAUCCUCAAAGGAUUUUGUGCUUCUUUGCCCAUAGAAGGCUUUUUCUCCCUUUGUAUGCUUUUAUUAAAUCUGUUGAAUUAUAUUAAUAUUUUUUGAAUUUACAAGGCCAUUUAUCUUUUUGGUGGAUUACUUAGAUUAGGCCAUGGGCUCUUCCUGGCCUUUCUUUUUCUCGGUCUUUUAAUCAUUUCACGUUUUUAUCUCUCCAUGAGUAAAGUGGCAAGAAAACUAAAAAUGAAAGUUAAAUGGGUUGAUUUGAUAAUGUGUCAAGUUCUGAUUUAGAGUUCAUAAGGAAGGUAGAAACGAUUGGCCAAAAUAAGAUAUUUGGAUGAGGAUUAUUUAAGCCGUUUAGAUUUGGCCAGAGACGCCAGAUUUAGCAAAGGACUGGGUUCUUAUCUUCUUUCAUUCAUGAAUAUAUGCCUUGGGAGGACACUGGUGAUUCCCACAGAAUUAGGCCAAUGAUUUGCCACAUUACCCUUUAAGCUAGCCCAUAAUUCCACCAGAUCCCGCACCAAGUUUCAGUUCAUGACUCAUACUGAAUAAAUAUCAGUUGUAAAUGAUUUUGAAUUGGUCUUCCUACUAAAAUGAAACAUCUUCUUUUAAACCAAGCCACAUGAAUGAAAUAGCACAAUCAGAAAAAAAUGUUUCUUUUUUUCUUUUCUUUUUUUUUUUUUGCAUAUCAAACCAAUGGCCUUCUCCACUAAGCCAGCAACUAAAGGUAUUCAGAAAACAAGUUAAUCAAGGUGGGCAGAACUUUCUGAACUGUGAGGAAAUGUUCGUAAGUUUAGAUUUAUUACCUGUCAUUUAGGGCAAAAAUCUAAUGUCUUUUUUAUUUCUUAAUCCUGUAGAACUCUGUAUUUCAUAGUAAUGAGUACUUAGGGAUCAUUGCUCUAUUAGCCUCUGGGAGAGAUCUUCUAGAGUUUGCCAUUCCUUUUUUCCCAUUUGUUGUUGUUGUUGUUGUUUUAGCUGCAACUGGUUACUUUUCUCAACCAUGGUCCUGACAUGUUUAUACUAUGAUACUUUUGAGACUUCGCUAAAGAAUUAAAAGCUGUGAAACAACAUUUGCUUCUCAUCCUUCAGACAAAAUGUGUUCCAUUUAAGCAGCAUGGUUAAACACUAAUUUUGGGAUAAGGGAGGGAUAUGUUUUCUUUACUUUCUUUUUGGAUUUUAUUUCUGUGACAUGAGCCUAUUUGUGUUUGGGAGGAAAGAUGCCUUCCUUUACAUUCUUCACGCUGGUAAUUUUUUCAUACUGAAUUAAGAAAUUAUCAUCCCUUCAAAACACAUAUUAAUAUAGCAACAUUAGAGUAAGGGAGAUGGCAUUUCAUCUCCUCUCUUCAGUCCCUUGAUGUUGGAAUGUUAUUAUCAUUUCCAGGAGCCAUAACUUGAAAUUUAAAACAAAUUGAGGCAUUACCAGUCUGGUGAAGGAAUUUUAAAUGCAAGACAUUUAAAGAAUACUGGAAGGAUUUGGGGAGACUUAGGUUAGGAAAAAGAGGGGAAUACAAUUAGUGCAUUAGAACAAGAUGCUCUGUGGUUCAGAGGGGUGGAAUGAGGCCCACUGAAUGAGGCCAUAGGGACACAGAUUUGGGUUCCAUGUCAGGGCGACCAUUCUCAAAAAGUUGGUUCACUAUGGGACAGGCUGCCUCAGUAGCCUCUGUCAAGAGGCAAAGAUGUGGAGAGGAUCCAGUUGGUUGGAGAUUGGAGCAGGUGACCUAUUAACCUAAAUUCCAUGUUGUAUGUAGUACUUUGCCCCUCAUAACAUGUUCAAUUAAAUAUCUGUUAAUUCAUAGCUAAUGAUGUUUUUAAUGGGGCCUCGUUCUUCUGCCACAAGUGCAUCCCACCUUCAUCUUUCAUGGAAGAGGUUGGUUGCAUGUUGUUAGGCCAAGAGACUGGCCUUCCAUUAUGCCCUAUGCUGGACUUGCUUUGUCGGUCCAUUCAUUGAUGUCCUGUUGAAUCAAAAGGUAUUGUUUUAGUAGAAGUUACAUGAAGUUAUUCAUUUAUCACUUGCCAAACAUAGGCCUUGCUCUGUUUAAUAAAUAAUGGGUGUCUCCUUCAAGAUUUUAGGAUAGGCCUUUUUAACAGAGCAGAAUCUUCUGUUAAAGUUCUCAAACAGACCAACAUGAAGUUUUACAGCUCCCAAGAGAGAUAGGCUGGUGGGUCACUGACAUAAAGCAGUCCACAAGAUCUAUUUUAGAAAAGUGUCAAUGACAUUUCCUUAGUUGGUUUGAUUCUCUUGAGAAUACAUGAGUUUAAAAGAACUGAGGUCAAAUUGCUUUAUGUGGAAAGCAAUAAAAACAAGUAUUUUUGACUUGAAAAUUAGAGGUAACUGUAAGGAACUUUUGCUAUUGAAGCCUAUGGCCCUAAUUAUUCCACCUGCAAAAUAACUUUCACUCUUGCAAGGCUGAUAGACGGCUCUUCAUUGGUCUUUUUUUUUUGGUUUUGUUUGUUUUGUUUUUUUAAGUCAUUGGUCUUAAAUCUGUAUGGUGACAAAUCUAUUUGAGUUUGAUUGAGACUUUCUUGGACUCCUUUGGACAAGAGGUCAGAGCACAAAGGCUAGUCACCACUUCUUUGACUUCUUGAGGUAUGAGCCAAAAUUUUACUUUUCCAUUGAUUUAAAGCAGAAUUUUUGGAGAUGCUGUGUUCUAGUUCCUGACGGAGUCUUUGGUGAUUGGUGACUUUGACACUUCAGAGAGUGAUGUGGGGAGUUAUAUAGAAGGGGAAAUACUAGUUUAGGUGUGAGGAGUCCUAGUAUGCCACAAAUUAGCUGCGACUUUAGAUGAAGCACAAUAUCUUGAGCAUCAAUCUUUUCAUCUAUGAGAUAGACCUGUCAGGAUUAUUGUGAAAUUAGAUAAGUUGAAAGUACAGUGCUUGGUAAACAGCGCUCAAAUAUUAGUUCUUUUUCUCCUUAAUUAAGAGCAGACUUUGAAUGGUCUGAUGCCAAGUGUAGAUCCUUAAGAGACAAAACAAAGAAACUUUCCUGGCUUCAAAGAAAAGAACUCCAUUUCUGAAAGGGUGCCUUAAAAGGAAUUCAUUUAUCUGAUCCAUCCUUUUGCCUUUGGGCAUUACUGUCACCCUCCAUUUCUUUACAAACUUCAGGCAAGGUGGUCGCUCUCUCUCUCCCAAUAGGCAAUUCCAGGGUUGUAAACUCAUUAUCAGGAAGCUUAAUCUUAGAACUGAAAUACCUCACAGAGCAAUUUAAACCUCUUUCUUCUUGAUCCUAUUCUUCAUGGGAAGAAAACUGGGUUGAUCCCUAUCUUCUUUUUAAGGAGCCACAUUUGCCAUUUAUUAUUGCUCUUUUGCCUAUUUAAAAAAAUAACAGAAAAAAAUAAUGAUUAUUAAAAUGAAAAUCAUUAUUUACUUAGUGAAUGUCAGGAUAGGUAUUUAUUACUCUUAGCUUCUUAUUGGUAUCAGAUGUAGAUCACAGUCUUACUAUUGAUUAACUCUUCAGUUAUAUAUACAUACUUUGAUUCUUUAGUCAUAUAAUUGAUAACAAAGUGUGCUUCUGAAGAAUUAUUCUGGCUGUAUGGCUCUUGUUUCCUCCCCUUGGUAAAAAUGGAGUCAUGAAUCUCAGUUUUGUGAUCUGCUUUUAAUUUCAUAUAUGACAUUAUUUGAUGUACAUAAUUACCAACAUCCAAAAGGGUUUCUUCCCCUUUCUACAUGUGCACUAAAUUCUAAAACAAAAAGUGGAAUACAAAAUGCCUAAUAAAGCAAAAAUUCAUGUACAGAAAAGCAAAAGAUAAUCUAGUUUGUUAAGAUAAUUUGUCACUAGCUGGUUGAAUAAUGCACAGUUUUUGUUUAAGGUUACACAGUUAUGCCUGGAUUAAAUAACAAUAGUAAAACUUGACAAGUCUUUUGAAAAACAGCUGCUAAACAUAUUGCUUUCUGGAAUGUAAUCAUUAGCAACAAAUAUUCUCUUACUCUAUACAAUUGCAGAAUGCUAGUGGAACUUUCUUGUAGGUUAUUUGACAAUGAAUGUUAACUGAUUUAUUUUUUAAAAAUGUAAAAUCCUCUUAUCCCUUUAAGGCCGGUUUAGGCUUUCAUGUCCCUGUGGUAGAAAAUUUCAAAUGCUGGCUUCUAAUUUCUACUCACUGAAGUGUCUUCCAGACAUACCAGAUGGUUGGAGCUCCUUUGAUAGUAUAUAAGGGAGCUACAUAAAUGUAUUUGAACAAACUCGUGAGCAAAAUUUCUGUUUUCAGCCAAAAAAAAAAAAAAAAAAGAAAGAAAAAACAAACUCUGCUCAAAAUUCCAGAUAAUACAGGAGUAAAAAAAGGUUUUUGAUAAUCUGAAGGGAAAAGUGUGCCCCAUAUAUCUUGUACACACUUUUAAUGCAUGACUUUUAGUAUAGAGAUGAAAUAAAAUGCAAAAUAUAUAAUUCUGGAGAUCUCAGCAGCUAGUUAAAAUAUUUAGAGAAGCUGCUUUAUGAAGACUUAGAGAAUCUUUGAUCUCCCCCACCUUUCCUAUCACUCCAUUAAACCAUGAAUCUUUAAUAUUAAUACAUACAUAGUUUUAACUAAUAAACAGGUUAAUCACUGAGUUUUAUGAACUCGAUUCUUGAUAUUUGGCUAUUGGUUUUAAGCAUAGGAUAUCAGUAUUAUUUGUAUACAGCGGUAUAUAAAAUCUAACUAACUUCAAUAUAAGAAUAGUACUUGAUUUUAAAUGUUAAUAUGCAAAUAUUAACAGUAUACAUCAUAUUUUAUGUGUUCAUAUAUUGAUCUUUUUACUUAACAAAAAGCCUGUUAGAAAUAUAACCCACUGAUGACCUGAGUCCAAUUAGCUGAAAACCUUCUGUAGAAAGAUGACUGUAUGAAAAAUUCAAUCAACAUUAAAAAAGGGAAGUGGGGAGGGAAUACAAACUUGAACAAAAUAUUCUUAAAUGAAGUUGCAUCUCUUUUUAAAAUUAAGAUAUAAUUCGUGCACCAUACAGUUUACCCUAUUAAGGUGCAAACUUCAAUGUUUUUAAUCAUAUUCACUAAGUUGUGCAACAUCACCACUGCCUAACUUCAGAACAUUUUCAUCACCUCCAAAAGAAACCCCAUACCAUUUGCAAUCACUCCUCCUCCUUCCCCCAGCAUCUGGCAACCACUAAUCUACUUUCUGUCCUCUAUGAAUUUGCCUAUCCUGGACAUUUCAUAUAGUCAAACAAUAUGUGGCCUUUUGUGUCUGGCUUCUCUAACUAAUCAUAAUGCUUUCAAAGCUCAUCCAUGUUGUAGCAUAAAUCAGUACAUUGUUUUCAUGUUUAAAUAAUAUUCCAUUGUAUGUAUAUGCCACAUUCUAUUUGUCCAUUUAUUAUUUGAUGGACGUUUGGGUUUUUUCCACCUUUUGAUUAUAAUAAUGCUGCUAUGAACAUUUAUGUAAAAGUUUUUUGUAUGGGUGUAUGUUUUCACCUCUCUUAAAAACAAUUAGUCUAACAAAUCAAAUCAAAUCAUUUAUGUUUAUUGAAGUAGAACCUCUUGCAAUCCUAUUUGGAGAGUGCAACUUAUGAUCUUAGUUUAAUUGUCAAUUAGGAGACCCCUGAAUAAAGACUAACUCCCCAAUACAUCCAUAAGAAUUUUUCUAUGAGCCUGUCAUUUAGAUGUGAUAAUCAAUCAAUUUCAUGAAGACUGUUUCAGUCUUGUAGAAAUUGAGUUGCCAUCACAUAGAGGAUUUCUUGUCCUCUGCAUUGUUUAAAGGACAACUACAAAUCAUGCUGGAUAAGAGUAUUCAUUCAAUCUUUCAGGAUUCAAUGAAGUAGCAUUUUAAAUAUGUAAGUUAUUUUAUAUAUUGUCUGUCUUUUAAAAUUGGACUUUGCUUCUUGAAAAAAAGUUUGUCAAAUCACCAAACCAUAUGACUGUCCAUUCAUUGUAGUUUAUGUUUUUUAUUAUUAAGAAAUAAUUCAUACUGAGAGUAAAAGAAAAAGAAUGUAUUUUGUGUGCAAAAGAUGAAUGUAUUAAAAACUUUUUAUUUGUAACAAUUUUUUUAAAAAACUAAAUGGAAAUUGCUUUCCCAUGUACUUGUAUAUAAAUAAACAUCUCCUGUUGCCCA